UAAACAUGAUGAGCAUGAGAAUGCAGUUUUCUGGCUACAACAAGAAAUUCAGGUAUGAAGUAUUUGAUUCUGCGUUAAAGGCAUACAAGAACAUGAAGUCCAAAGAUCAAGCAGGAGAGGUCCCUCUGUAUAGACCAAGAGAAUGGAGGAGAAAAGAAAGAGAGAACGAAAAACGAAGCAAGAGGAACAACUGGUACAAGAAAGGUGGAUAUAGCAGUGUAGUUUUCAUACCAGCUACUCCUGAUUCUGAGUUAAAGAGGAAGUUGGAGGACGAUGUAAGAAGUUCAGGCAUCAAAGUCAAAAUCGUGGAGAAAGCUGGCGUAAGUGUGAAACGGAUGUUACAAAGAUCGGAUCCGUUCAAGGAGAGAGCGUGUAGAAGAGAGGAUUGCUUUGUUUGCUGUACAGGGGGUAAUGGUCCUUGUAGAGCGACCAGUGCCACNUAUAAGAUCAGUUGCAGCGAAUGCAGCCAGACGUACAUAGGAGAAACAUCCCGAAACACGUACAUGAGAGGAAGAGAACAUUUGAGGGAGUUGGACAAUAGAAGUAAAGGUUCAGUCUUGUGGAGUCAUGCAAAAGAGGAACACGAAGGCAAGAUUCCUGAUUACACGUGUGAUGUUACAAAUGUUUUCCAGGGGGACGCUCUACUCAGACAAGUGAGUGAAGCCGUACUUAUAAACAAAGUGAAGCCUGAAAUGAACACGAAGAAAGAGUGGAACUUUGCUAAUAUCCCGCGUGCUAGAAUUAAUUAAUAAAUUAAUUAGUUGUUUUGUAUGCGCGCUCACCUUUCUCGUUUUGUGUUGGUGCGCGCGCCGUUAGUGCGCGCUACCCAUCAAUGUUUGUUUACGAAUUUUUCUUCAACUGUUGUAAAACAUAUAGUGAACUGAAGAGGUUUUAAUAAACGAAACUAGU